AUGGGAAAGUUGAUCAAGAACCACUUGGCAAGAUUAAUUGUCCUCACCGCAGCAAUUUGCCAGUUCGCCGCUGGUAUUCACGGAUUCUUCUGGCCGAAGGUCUUCUGGGACUUCCUCACCAAGAACCUCGAUGGAGCAGUUAAACCUGUCCCCGUCCUUCAGAUUUUCAAUGUAAUAUUUGGGUUGAUCGGUAUCGCGUUGGAAUGGCCUUUGAAGCCCAUUGCGGGAACCCUUGUCCACCGUAGCAUCGAAGCUCGAUUGCUAGUACUUCCGGUCAGCACUCUUCUGGCGGCCCUAUUAUAUCAGGGCACGAAUCCCGCUAUCUAUUAUAUCGUGGGAAUGAUUGUAUAUUUCUGGGGUUACAGCGAAGGCGAGGUUGUCUGCCCCGAACCAUGGACAUUGCCCAAGAGGCCGGCACGAGUUAUGAAAGUAUAA